AUGGAGGAGGCCUACACGCAUAGUCGUAACCAUGCGCAAGUCCUGCAGGGCAUGGCUCAUGCUCAAUCAAACGAUGCAAUAUCGCGUGCGACGUCACCUGGCCUAGGAUUCAGUUCCAACGGAGUGGAUACGGAGAAGGAGAAGCGAUACCGACCCAGAACCUACCCAUACUUCCAACUCCUGCCCUACCCUGUCGAGGAAGAGAAGGAACGUAACGCAGCCUUGACGGAGAUAUUGACGCAGCUUUACGUUGCUCUCAAGGCGGAGGACAUAUCACCAGGUGCUUUGCAUUGGACAAGAGAGCUCAAGGGAUGGCUGAACCUCAAGUUCGAGAUCACGAGGGGGCUGCGGAUAAAGCUAGUACAGAUGUAUUACAUGCUAGCUGUGGCGCCUGGGCUAGAUUGGUUAGCUGCAGAAAGAUUCGAAAGCAUGUUUCGAUUUCUGAUCAAGAAGAAACACUACCUCAAACCUGGAGAGGAUCUGAUAUUGGAUUGGAGGCCGCUAUGGAAGGAAAUCAAAGCUUUAGUCCUUCCCCAGGAAUCACCUCCAAAACAAGGAGGUCGCAAGCGAAGCUACAAGAGCAUUGCCAACAUGUGCAUGUUUGCUUCGCAGUACUUUGAUCCGAGGGACCGCCAAGCCAUGCUCGAGGAGCUUUUGCCGUAUUUCACCACCUCGGAUAUCUCAGGCGCUUUUAUCGUCGUUGGUGCUCUGAACCUGUUGAUGCCGACUCACGCAGCACCUGACGGAGCCGGACAACUUCAGCCCCAAGAUUACCUUCCCACCUUCUUCCACCUAUGGUCUCUCGUGAACCGGUCGAAAACCUGUGACGUGAUGUUCUUCGAUCUAUUUUCAAGGCUUGCACGAGACUCUUUGACCAGCGAGCAUGUGCCGUUCUCCGAGUUUGGUAUCUUUACAAAGGAUCAAUCUGACCUCAUUUUCACUGCACUGUUGAGACUGACUGAAAUACCUGUGGGGCAAGCCACAUCUCCCUACAGCUCUAUGGUUGAUCUUGGCGCUGGUCUCGGCGCCUAUCUCGAGAGAGACAAGAAAAAAGUUCCCGUCGGCUACUCGGUUGCUCGGUGGAUCGUGAUGUCUUUAUCGCCAGCCUGCAUAGACAAGCCUGGCUCAAUCUUAUCAAACAUGGAAGGUUUGCUGGAGUCUAUUGAGACGUUCUUCCAUCCAUCGAACCAGGGUGCUUGGACAGAUAUGCUCGCACAGAUUGUCUACCAUCUUGUUGACUUUUUCGUUAUGCGCUGGAAUCGAGAGCAGAGUGGGGAAAUGGUUACACCUCCAGAACGACGAAUCACGGAAGAACUAAAGAAACGGUUCGUCUUAUGUCUGAAAGAGGUUGUCUUCUUGGGUCUCUUCUGUAAGAAGCCCAAGGCCAUGAGCUUCUUCUUCGGUGCUAUACAAGGCCUUUCAUACCUGGAACCUCAUUUGAUAGUACCUGGAGCUCUGCAGAGGUUCUACCCCUCCUUGCAGGGCCUGGUUGAAGUACAUCGAACACAAUCUUCGCUCUUAGGAUUACAAAUGAUCGCCAAUGUCAUGUCCAAGAGUAAGGGCCUGAGAUGUCAUAUUACUGCUCUCUUGGCUCUGGCAUUACCCGGCAUCGAUGCUAAUGAUCUCCAAAAGACAAUGCAUACCUUGAACUUUAUCCAAUCAGUUGCGUAUAGCGUACCAUUCAUUGAUUUGACUAAAGAGCAUGGAGAGAUUCAUGAUUCUUCGCUGGCCAUCCAAUGGGUCCAAGGCGAGAUGCAACGAAUGGAAGACGUGGGGCCAAACAUUGAUAUUGACUACCGAAUCGAAUUGAGCGAUGAAGACGAAGAAACUAUCGUACGCUCUUCCACGGCCGGCUUCGGCGAAUUUGUUUUGUCAUUACUUGGCAAGAUAUUCACACUCCUGGAGAACAUUCCCGAGCUAUCAAAAGCUCGCUCGGGGUCGCCUGAAGAGAGCGUGGUGAACACGCUUCCAUCAGCGCUCACUCCGCUCUUUGCUGCUCUUUCUCCGGAGAUCUUCGAUCAGGCUCUUGAGAAAAUUGCCGCUUUUGUGAGUAGUCACGUAGUUCACCAAGCUAGAGAUGCAAUGGCUUUUAUUUGUAAUGCGCUCUGCAAGGCCAACCCGGAGAAGACCUUGAAGAUUUUCGUUCCUAUGCUCAUUGUAGGCAUCCGGAAUGAGAUCGACUACAACGAUGCUGCCUCGGACCGAAGCGCUGGUAGCGACUUACUUCCUCGAGAUCGUGCCUUAGUCUGGUAUAUCAGCAUGCUUAGUAUGAUCAUAGUCCACGUUGGAGAUGGUCUCAUGCCGUACAAAGAGGGUCUUUUCGACAUUGCCUUGUACAUGCAAGAGAAGUGUCGGGGCAUUCCAACUAUCCACGCGUCAAAUUACAUCCACCAUCUUCUGCUCAACCUGACUCUGAUCUACCCCGUGGACAGUGCUUUAUAUGAGCCUGAGACUUUCAAGCGCGGUCUGGAUGUGAGCGACUGGGGAAAACUCGUCAACCCCAACGACCUCACAAUCAAGUGGCAUCUUCCGUCCGAUGAAGAGAUCAAGUUCGCGGUCGAGCUUUUCGAAUCUCAAGUGACUAAUGCAAUUCAACGAUUGACGAAUCUCAUUAGUGAGAACCCCGAUGUCAGUAGGAAAGGCAAGAACAAGGAAUGGUCGGAUGAAGUUUCGAGGCACCUCUCCAUGUUACGACUCAUGGUCUCCGGAGUUGCCACACUCUUUGAUCCCAAGAAGUCCUCUGGCCAGACAAGCAAAGACCGGGAUGGCGAUACUGCGCUGGCCGAGGGCGAAGCUUCGGAUGAAGAUGAGAGCCCUUUGUCCGAAGCAGCAGAGGAUGCGGAAACCCGACCUCAAUUCCAUUAUCGAGAUGGCUAUCUGCUGGAGAAGGGCAGUCCAAUAUUUGAACAUAUCCACAAGCUUCGGGAGGAUAUAGGCUAUCUGCUUUCCAGAGUGCACAAUUUCCUGGGCGAGUUCCAGGAAGACGACGUCGCCUGUUUCACCUCUCUAUACCAGACUUACAGAACUUGGAUCACGGAUGUAGGCAAUGAGAGGUCUGCUCAUAUGCUGGAGCGAGUGAGCAAACUUUACGAUGUGGACAUCCGAGCUUUUAAGUGUAGUGGGCUCCGGAAACCGUACCCGAGACCUCUCCUUAUCAAACGAGCAAGCAUUUAUCAUUUCCACCGAGUAAAACAUAACUCUUCGGCUAGGCACAAGUCGGAUCUUGACAAGCGACUUCUACUCGACUUGGCUUCAUCGGCCGUGUCAUCCUACGCCGAGGUUCGUGUGAAUGCGCAAGCUGCUCUUGAAUCCGCGUUGAAGAGUCUACUUGGUGGUCGCCCUCUGGUCAUUCCUGAGCUUCUGAAGACAUUCAGAGUCGCGCUGGAGACUAACGACUACGAUCGCAUUAAAGGUUCACUAUACACUUUGCUAUACGGAAGCCUUACCAGGACACUUUCCAAGGAUUGGCGUUUUGCUCCUGAGUUGGUCGACCUCUAUAUCAAAUGUGGAUCGGUUGAUAAGCCUUCGAUCCAAAGGGUCAGCAGCAGUGCUCUAUACGGUGGUCUAAUGGAAUUUGGCAAAUCUCUGGAGAACACCAUCGUCAUCAAGCAGGAGCUAGUAGAUGUGUUCGAGCCCAGGGACGAUAUUUCAGCCGAUAUCACCGCCAGACAUUCUUUCAUCCUGGAGCGGAGAAACAAGGUAGAAGAAAAAAAGCAAGCCAUGGCACUGAAGCUUAUUGAACUUUCUAAGAAGUCUCACUGGAAGAUUGCUCAACGAUGCACUCUGUUUAUUCUCAAUGCGGGGCUCCGAAUUCAAACACUCGCAUCGCCGUCCCUCGUAGAGCUGGCAGUCACUGGUGCUAUCGAUGAACACCCGGGACUUCGGGCUGGCUAUGGAGAAUCAUUAACCCGUAUCUUCAACCACAUCGAGACUCGUGCUAUUUACGGCCACAGUGUCGAGAACUGGGUUCGAGAAAAGGAGAAUUCUAUCAACAAAGUAGAAGUCGCUGUGCAAAAGAGCAACCCGAACUGGACCAAGGAUUUCUUAGAUGGUUUUGAGAGUCCGGAGUCCCCGGAAUACUUUGUUGAACGAGACCAUCCCGGAUGGCUUGUCUGGGGCAAGACCUUCAGCGCUGUCAGAAAUCCGCCGCUCGUAUUUGAUGACUACGAUGAGCUAGAGACCUCGGUUAGAAAGCAAAUCGGAAGUAUGAUUACUAUCGAAUGGUAUAGAAAGUUUUUUGAUUACAUGAAACAAGAACCUCGGGACGCAACUGCAGACCGUUUUAGAGGACAUCACGUUAAUUUGUUGAUACAAAUAUUCGACUAUACUCUCAGCGGCUUGACGGUUGCUACCUUAACCGAGAUCAAGGAAGAGAUCAAGUCAGUGUUCGGCGAUGGUAGUGACAAACAUCAACAUCGGGCUACGGCGGAAAUCCUGGCCGCCCUCCUCAUUGUUGUCAUUGCGAAACCCAAGGAUUUGCGCAAAGAGGUCUGGGAUUACGGUGUUCCUAUCCUGUUGCAAGUUUUCGCAGACGGGCUGACACCGGAGAAUAUCACCUACUGGAUGACCUGUCUCCAUAUGAUAAUUGGUAGCAGGGACCCACGCCAAUCUCGAGAGAUCUUUGACUCGCUCACGGCGUUCCGGCUGGACAUGUCAUCUAACGCAGCAUUCAAAGAGAGCUCCAAGGUCCAGCUCCUAGAGUUUGUGAUCCAAGAUGCAGGAUGGCAUUUCCGUGCUGAGAAGCCGAUCCUUGAGGACUUUCUUGCCCAUAUCGAUCAUCCCUACAAAGCCGUACGGGAGGCAAUUGGCCGUACCAUUGCAUCAAUUUACCGCACACGAUACUACGAGGCAUUUCCGGAUAUCGAGACUCUUUUAGCAGAUAACAAGGCGUCAUCUUCUAUUGGUAUUCAGCCUUAUACUCCAACCGAAGAGUUCGCCACGACUAUUACCGGAGUCUUUCGACGACUGGAAGCCUGGCGUGGUGAACGUAGUCCUGGCCAGCAAACUCCAUCCUCGUAUACUUCCGGCAGUAAAACUGUUCUCCUAUGGCUCGACACAACACUGCAGUCAUACGAGUGUACGCAACUGGUGGAUUUCUUCCCAGACUUGUUCAUGGAGGAGAUGUUGCAUAUGAUGGACGUGAAGGAAGACCCAGAACUUCAACGUCUUGCCUAUCUUGUCUAUCGUCACCUGCCCAACAUUCCAUUCCGUGCUGGACAAGAAGGCGAUUUCAUCACGGCACUGGUUCGCAUCGGCAAAUCGUCCAUAUCCUGGCACCAACGUCUUCGUAUUCUUAUCAACAUGCAGACCAUCUACUUUCGGCGAAUAUUUCUGAUCAAGCCAGACCAGCAAAAGGCCCUCUUCGACGCCGUUGCCGAGAUGCUCGAGGAUCCGCAGCACGAAGUCCGGUCCGGCGCCGCGGCAACUCUCUCUGGAAUGAUUCGCUGCUCACCGAUAACUCUUCGCAACAAUUUCCUCUCUUCACUCAAGAAGCAGUUCACAGAGGCGUUGAGGAAGAACCCGAUGCCCAAAAGAACACCAGGCACUAACACGCCUAUCAAUAACAACCAACAGGUUGUCAAACGCCACGCCGCCGUCCUCGGGCUAGGUGCUCUCGUCACCGCAUUCCCUUACAUGACUCCACCACCAGUUUGGAUGCCCGAGAUUCUGGCCUUGCUGGCUUCUAGGGCAGCUAAUGACGCAGGAGCCAUUGGUAAGACAGUCAAGACUAUCUUGGCAGACUUCAAGAAGACUAGACAGGAUACCUGGACCACUGACCAAAAGUACUUUACGCCAGAACAGUUAGAAGAUCUGGAAGGCGUUCUGUGGAAGUCAUACUUUGCUUAG